GAUGUACGUGAUAACAUGGAAGACUUACUGCAUGCGUGUCUUCAUCACGAUCAUCAUCACGAUCAAGAAGAUCUGCACGAAGAACCCAACCCCGAAACUGAUGAUUUUCGUACACUCAUUGAAGAGUGGUGCAUCCCCGUUUAUGAUGGAUGCCGGGUAUAUACUAAACUUUCUUUUGUCAUGGAGUUCUACAAAAUUAAGUCUCGUGGCAAGAUGAGUGAUAAUACAUUUACUGAAACCCUUCAGUUAAUGAGAAAACUUGAUUUUUUAAAUAUACCCGACUCUUUUUAUGAAGUUAAGAAGCUCAUCGGUAAAUUGGGGUGUGGUUACGUCAAGAUUGAUGCGUGUGAGAAUGACUGCAUGCUGUUUUGGAAGGAUGACUUGAACUUAAAUGCAUGCAAAGUGUGUAAUGCUUCAAGAUGGAAGAAUCCAGUAGAAAACCAACCGAGUUCUUCAACCUCUCAGCGCAAAAGGGUACCGAAAAAAGUUUUGCGACAAGUAUCACAAGUUGUCUUCCCAAUCCAAGAAGGCCGUGUGUGAUGUUAUAGCAAAUGUUAAGGUUCCUAACGGCUAUGCAUCUAAUAUAGCCCGUUGUUUUGGUGAAGAC